CCUCAGUCGGUCAUGUGCCAUUGGUAAGUAAACGUCUUGCCGUUGGCACGCAACACAAUAUACAAACAAUCAGCUGAUGUCGGUCAUUCGUUUGAGGUUGGAUAUAAUACGAUAUAAUGACUACAUUGCGAACCACUACUACAACUGAAUUUCGAAAGCGAGUAUAUUUUGAUGGAUCGCCAUCACACGUUUUCAAUGAAAAAUGCCUAACGCCUUUGAUGAAAGCAUGUAUGUAUGGAAGAUCCGAACAAGUCAAACUUAUCAUAGAAGAAAAACCAUCGGCAGUAGUAGAACGAGAUAAUGUUUUUAAGACUGCGUUGCACUACUGUGCCGAAAACGACGAGGACGACGCAGACUGCGCUAAACUUCUUUUAGAAGCCGACCCAUCUAUUGUCGAUAUACCCGACGACGAUGGUCAUACGGCCCUUCAUUUAGCUGUAAUCGCUGGUAAUUUGCCGUUAGUUAGAUUUCUGCUCGUAUCUGGCCAGGCGGAUCCGAAUAAACGAGAUGCUGAAGGUCACUCAACUGUACAUUGGGCGACAGUGUGCGCCGACGUGGACGCUCUCGAGCUGGUGCUCAGCCACGGCGGUACGACCAGUUCGGCCGACGUUCACGGCGGAUAUGCCAUCCAUUACGCUGCUCAGAUGUGCGGAAACGGAGCGUGUCGUUCGGGUGACGCGCGCAACACCGGUGUCCGCGUGUUGCAGCUGUUACUGUCAUUCGGCGCCGACGUUCACGUCACCGACAAACACGGACGUCAACCAAUUUUGUGGGCGGCCAGCGCGGGUAGUGCGGAUGCUAUCAUAACUUUGGUGAAUGGUGGAGCAAAUGUAGAAUCGCACGACAAAGACGGAUUGACAGCGUUACACUGUGCGGCCAGUCGAGGACACGUUGAAUGUGUAGACGGACUAUUGACGUUGUGCGGAUGCGAAGUCGAUGCGGUGGACAGUAACAGUUGCUCGGCUUUGUUUUAUGCUGUGACGUUAGGCCACGCGGACGCCACUGAGAUACUGUUGGAACACGGAGCUAAUCCCGAUCGACAGGACGGCAAAGGAAGAACUCCAGCGCAUUGCGGUGCAUUCAAAGGUCAAUUAGAAACAGUCCGGCUUUUAGCCGAACAUGGUGCCAAUUUAUGGCUGCGAAACUCAAAGGGUGGUUAUCCUUUGCACGACGCAGUGAGGUCGGGUCGCAAGGAACUAGUCCUUUGGCUGAUAUCGAUGCGCCCGGAGUCUGUAGACUACUAUGAUGACGACGGUAAACGACCAUUACAUAUCGCUGCUCUUAACAACAAUUUGGAAAUGAGUAAGAUUAUAUUAGAUAACGGAGCAUCAAUUAACCCAGUAAUGAAGAUCAAAGGAGAACGAAUGACACCACUUGAUGUAGCUCUACGAAAAAACAAUAGACAUUUAGCGAAGUUUUUAAAUCUUUUUGGUGGUAAACCAGCUAGCAAGUUAAAUAAAACGUUGUCUAAACAACAAUCUACUGUACGUGUUAAAACAAAAAGAAUCGAAUCUCGAAGAAAUUCAUACUCGUCCGAUUCGAUUAGCCGAAAAUAUCGUAACGGUGGUGGCCGAAAAAAACAACUCAACUCACGGAAAGUUGAGAGCCCGAAAUCUAACAAAGUAUCGAAGGGUCGUGUGGUUCAAGUACACAUAAGGGCGAACGUGUUGACGAAAACGGUCGGCAAGUCACGAGACGAUAGAAAGUCGUGCGGCGGCGGCGGCGGCGGUACACUGCCUAAAGCCCAUCGAAAAAAGGCCACAGGCGUUUCCAACGAGCAAAAGGAAUGUUUCAGCGAAAACGAUAUGUGUUACGGUGGCGACGGUGACGACGAUUACGAUUACGAUUACGACGAUGACGAUGACGAUGACCGCGACGACGACGACGAGGACGACGACGAAGACGUCGAUGACGGAAACGGUGACGAUGACGGUGCAGACGGCGGCUGCGUCGAAGAACAGACCAACGGUUCGGCUGCGGCGGAGGCGGCCGAUCAUUGUGGUAACAGCAGACGACUACAAAGGAACAGACGUCGUGGAAAGAGGAUGGCGAGUCGGGGCGGUAGCGGAGGCGGCGGCCGUCAUCGACGUGACAAAGCGAAUACUGCCACCAACCAACAAGAAUCACAGCUCGCAGAUGGCGUCGCAGCUAAAGCGACGUCCGGCGAUGUCGGUGGAAGUGACAAACCCGCAGGCACGAAUUCUGCUGCAGCUCCCGAAAAACUCGACAGGGACGGCGGCGAGAAACCAAAAACAACUGCUGAAAACGAAGAAGCCAACCGUGACGGCAUCCGAUUAAAGGACGGUCAGGCGGCAGGGAAGGUAAAAGUUGAAGACAGCGAUGACGUUUUCGACCACCAACAUGUUUCGGUGACUGGACCGGAAGUGACGUCGCACGACAACCACGACAAAAGAGACGACGGUCCGACGACUGUCGUGGUCGAUGGACGAGAAAUCGGUGGUUUAACGAAUGAUGGCCCGUCGGCGACGAAAAGCGUUGCAACGACAAAAGGAGGGGAGACAAAAGUGAAAAGCAGUGCGACGACAGUGACGGCAAAAGAAAGUGUAGCGAAACGGUUGACGAGUCGCGAGGGAGGAAAAACGCCGACGACGGGCCAAAUCAACAGUAGCAGAGCCAUAGUCGAAGUAUUGGAUCGCGUGGACACGCCACAACUGUCGACCGCGGUCGACGGCGACGGCGACGGCGAUGUCGGAGGUCGAAACUUCGGAGGCGAACCGACAGCGUUCAGUGUGCUGCCGGACUCAGGACGUGACGACGAAAGACCUUGCGAGUGUCCCAAUUGUUGCCGACGAAAACCGCUGCGGUCGACUUCGAAAAAAAUGAAAAGCCGAAUUCCUCGCUUGAAUAAUUACUGUAGUUUAGCACCUACUUCCGAUCUAAACACCAUGUCUGUAACGAAAGCUGUUCAAUUGAGCAGUAGAAAAUAUAAUUUGGAACGGUUCAUUUUUUACCAACUGUCUGAAUUAAAACGGUUACAAAUCAGAGCGGGCAAGUCCGACGAACGAGUAUUGGUUAAACGAUUGGUUGAAGAGUAUGGCAGUACAGGACUAUUUACUGGAUUGAAAAGAUACGACGGACCUUUUUCGUUUAAGCGUUUCGAAAAAUAUUUAUACGACCAACUGUUGGUGUUACAAAAACAAUCAUUGGCCGGCGACAAAACCAUGAUUCCCAGGGUACAAUCAAUCGACGAAGUGGAAAAAAUAGCUGCAGCUUUGCGACGGAUCGACGCUGGAAAAACAGUGUUGGAGAACCCAAACGAUUGUCUAUCGUGUAUCCGGACCACAAACAGGUGUUUUCACGCCACUCACGCAUACACCGGCGUGCCUUGUGCUGCAUAUAUACCGAAGUUCCGGUUGGACCACCAUCGGAUGCCGAAACCGCCGGCGGACGACGGUCGUCGCCACCGCUUCCUGCCGGACAUUCGGACUUCCGGCCAAGACACGUCCGGCGGGACCACCACCAGAUGCCUGCGCAACGUGGACCCGUCCAGACCGAUCACGCUGCAGCUGGGCAACGGACCCUGCGCGCAAGCCAUCGACUUGCCAACGGACAAACUGGACAAGAACAGACGGUACUACGUCACGUUCACAAUCAAAGGCGCCGCGGACGGAGCGCACAACAAACACCGUCCGCCGGCCCCGCCAGCGUUCCGAGCCGACGGUCGCCGUGGCCACGGCGUCGACUGCAAUCCGCCGCUCGCCCACACUCACGCCAAAAGCUUUUAGCAUUUUUCUUUUUUUUUUACAUCAAAAAGCGACUACUGUAGCGGAAGAGGACUUCCGGUCUACAACAUCGGACGUUCGAAUGGUAAUAUUAUUACCAUCGAUAUUUUUUAUCGAAUCGGUCGAGUUCACAUACCAUUAUAUUAUAUAGGUACGCACAGACCCUCCAUAUUGUUUUAUGACGAAAAUAUUAGAUUUUUUUUGACGCGAGCCAAUCGUAUUCGACUGUUCGCCGAAAUUGCCGAAAAUAAGCACUCGUUAAAAAGACAUAACAACCACUCAUGUUUUCUUUGUCUUACACACGGACAACGUAUAUAGCGCAUCUGCGUUCAAUAGUUUUGUGAUGUUAGAUUUGAUAUUAGAUGAAAUUGACCUAUGAUAAAACUUGGGAUGAGAAUAUUAUCUCAACGCAGUGUUUAGAAGUUGUUUUUAACAGGUUAAAUCACUCUAAUAUUUAACUCGAUAACACCAAAAUGGGACAACUGACCAUAAGUUUUGGUGGUAUAUGCUGUGUGUUAGACGUUAUAGUAUAUUAUUAAAAUUUAAACGACACGUGCGCAUGUCACACGUAGAUUACCGGUGUAUUAAUUAAAACUAAAAAUUUACAAAUAGUACCUACAGAUCGUUCGUGAAAAAUACGAAUCUAGUAAUCAAAACGAAAUAGGUACCUAUUAUCAGCAAGGCAUGCGCGGAUCUAGAAAUCUGAAAUGGGGUAGUUACGUAAUAUCUUUUAGAAAAAACACAAUUAUACUUUUUCAACAUAAUUGGUUAUAGUUAAAAUCCGAUAACAAUAUUAACGAUUUGAUUCAUAUUUUUAAUUUUUUGAUUUUAGAACGUAUGAACUAUUUUCAUUAUUAUACCCAUAUAAAUAAAUACCUACUUAAUAACGUAUAUAUUUCCAAAGGGGAAAGGGGAAAAAUCCCUUUAGCCCCUCUCUGGAUCCGCGCCGGAAUUAGAAUGUUCACGUUUUACAUAAUACUGUUACUAUUAUUUGUGCACAUAAUAUCGGAGGUUGGAAAACUCGAUAGCUGCCUCUCACCUGUGAUAUAUGAAAUAAAAAUCAAAACAUGUUAACCGAUUACUCACAACAACUAUCCCGUAAACAUAGUAGGUAUGUAGAUUAAUAUUAUUCGUGGACGUGAUGGGCCAACUCCUAUUGUAAUAUUAUCGUUAGAGAUAAUUAAUGUGGUAAUGAAAUCCGUGUCAUAUAUAGGUACUUAUAUUUUGCGUUUUAAUGUUAUUUUUUAUGGGAUUUUCGUCAGGAAAAAAAAUCAGAUUCCGUCUCGCUCCUUUGUCGGAUUAAUCUUAUAAUAUGAACAAUAUUAAUAUUGUUAUUGUAAUUCCUCCCCGAUCACGAAUUCACGAUUAAUA